CAUACAACUAGCCCUAUAUGCUGCUUAGCAACUAACACACCACAAAAGUCCCUAUCAAAUCAUGCCAAACACAGCACAACAACAACAAUCCAUUUUCAUUUUCAUGUCCACCUUAUAAUAUAAAUACUGAACCCCUUCAACCCUAAUGAAAUCAGAAACUAUAGUACUAAAGAGUUAUAGAUGGAUCGUGUGGCAAAGUUGGCGUCUCAGAAGGCAGUGGUGAUCUUCAGCAAGAGUUCCUGCGGGAUGUGCCAUGCAAUAAAGCGACUUUUCUACGACCUUGGGGUGGCUCCGGCAAUAUACGAGGUGGACGAGGUUUCAAGAGGGAAGGAAAUAGAGUGGUGUCUGAUGAAACUAGGAUGUAACCCUUCUGUGCCUGCAGUCUUCAUUGGAGGCAAGUUUGUGGGUGCUGCUAACACUGUCAUGACCCUUCAUCUCAAUGGCUCACUAAAGAAAAUGCUCAGAGAUGCUGGAGCAUUGUGGCUCUAGAAAAACUAACUGUAUAUCAUAUAUAUAUAUAUAUAUAUGCUAUGCAUGCAAAGCAAACAGCUACAGCAAAAGCAUGCUUUUUCAGAACCUGAUUUAGAUGCAUGUAUUAUAAUAUAGCUUUUUCUGGUGGCAAAGAUAUUUGCAUGUAUGUCCUUCUUUUGUUAUCUUUGAGGAAAAGAUAAAGGUAUGAAGUACUAAAGAUUGUG